AUGGCGACCACUCAGAUGGACGUCGAUGACAAUCUUGUCCACAGCAAGACUCAACAUUAUGAAAAUGGAGCCAUGCCUGGACUCACGCAGAUUCCAACCUCUGUGACCCUGUCUGCGGAGCAGUUCGAGAGGCUCUAUCUGAACCCGAUGAUGCACCGCCAGUCAGCUCUGACAAAGAACCUGGGCAACCCGACUCCACUUGGCUUAGGAGCAUUUGUGCUGACAACCACGCCCCUUUCGUGCUGUCUGAUGGCUUGGAGGGGUGCGGGAGGAGGCGGUGCUGCGUUCACAGGAGUUUUGAUCCUUUUUGGUGGGCUACUCCUGGUUCUCUCAAGUAUCCUUGAGUUUGUCAUUGGAAAUACAUUUUCUUCCGUUGUGUUUGGGCAUCUUGGGGCCUUCUGUCUGGCUUUCGGUGCCAGUAUGACCCCAAGUUUCAAUUCUGCUGCCCCAUACUCUCCAUCAACAACCGAUACGCUCGCGGGUCUUCACAGCCCAGGAUUCGUGAACACAUUUGCAUUCUUCUUUCUGUUUAUGGCCUUGUUGAUGUUCAUCUAUGCAAUCUGCGCAACUCGGACAAACGCAGUCUAUGUUGCCAUCUUCACAUCCCUCAUUUUGGUUUUCUCUCUCCUAGCUGCUGCGUACUGGAGACUAGGGUUGGAAGAUGCGAUGAAUGGAAAUCGUUUGACAGUGGGCGGUGGUGCUGCUUUGUUCUUUGCUAGUAUGCUCGGCUUCUAUUUAUUGACCGCACAACUCCUUGACUCUGUUGGAUUUCCUAUUUGUCUGCCCGUGGGCGACCUCAGCAGGUUUUGGGGUAAUAACAAAAGGUGA